AUGCCUUCGCACACUCGUGAGAAUUCCCGCGAUCGCGAGCUGGUUUUGAGAAAUCAAACAGUUCCCAUUUCGGAUCCCGAACGUGCACCUCCUCCGCUCCCCAUGAACCCUGGAUCUACUAGUCCUGCUACCAAGCCAAAUGUCUCCCCAGGCAUUCAGGCGGUGGCCGCAAACUUCGCGGAAAAGCCGCGAGAAAAUGCGACGAGCCCAUACACGACGAACCCCAUGCCAUCAAAGUCGCCGGAGAAGUCUCUGAUCAAAGGCCAAUUCCACAAGCGCAUGCAGUCGCUGCAGAAUACUGACCCGCGGUCAGAAUUUCUGAGUUAUUUAGAAAACAAAUCCCCCGAGCGGCCGCAGCGCGCAUCUACAUUUGAAUUUGGGCCCAAACUUAACGAAAAGCACCAGACCAAGUCCGAGAGCAAAGGGAACCGAGAUCCAGAAUGCGACCCCCCCAAUUUGCUCAUAUCCAGCCGGUACUUGUCGAAGCCGAUCCUGGGCGAGAGCACACCUCCCUCCGCCACAAUGCUUGCUCUUCAGAACAUGCAGAUUCCCGCUGGCAGCGGCGAACCGCAAGCGAAGAGUUACGAUGCCGAUCCCUUCUUUGAGCCCAAGCGUUCCAACCCUCAAGGUCUCGAAGCUUUGUCCACGCAAAUCCUCGGUCUUACGGAUAUUGCCAGCAAUCUCCAGCGGGAGAUGGCGCAGUUGAGUCGACGGAGCAAGGACAAUGCCACCGAUCUGGUCAGCCUCAAGGCGGCUACGAGUACGCGCGACGAGGACAUCAGAAAGAGCCUCCGUGAUUUGUCCUCCAAUCUAGCCGCAAAGUUUUUAGAUCCUGAUUUUUCCACAAGGUGGGAUCUCGGUAAUCUUCUCGGUUCAGACACUGGUGUUAACAGCUCGGGAUUGGAUAGUUCUCCCAACUCAAAGAAGAGUUAUUCGGCACCACGCAUGACCAGCCCUAGCCAUUUUGCUUCCUUGGAGCACGAUAUCUGCUCUUCACCUACACCUGUUUCUGACGGCUCGGCUAGCAUUGCCCUGUUGGAGAAGAUGUUACGGGAGAUGGCUACCAAGGAAGGGCAGGAGAAGCUUGUCGAAUUGGUGGAUGAGAUCAAAGCAAGACCGGCUUCAUCCGACCCACCCAAGCGCAGCGCCGAUCAAUCGAUGAUGAAGAUGCUGGAUGAGAUUUUAAACCUCGUGAAAGAAGAGUCGGGGAAUAAGGCUUUGGUGCGAUCUCAAGCUGACCCCCAUGACCGCCACCCACAGGGAGCCGUGGAUGCUCCUCGAUCGAGAUCUUUCGGCCCGGAUUCUGCUGUCGUCCCGGAUACGCGAGCUUUCGAAGACAGCAAUGGCCAGGUCGGCGAGCGCUCCGUAUCCUUCCAAGACAGUAAAGUCAGCGAGGAAAUGCUGUCGAUCAUGAAGAGAGUCAAGACGAGCGUGAUUGAAGGAGGUGGAAUGACAAACGAGGUGAAAGCUUUGGUACGCGAACUACGUGGCGAGGUUCUAGGAAUGGGACGCAAUAUCGCGCGGCAUUUCGAACAGAUUGAAUCUUCCCGGAUCGAAUCUACCCGGGCCAUCGAGGAUACACCGCGAGCCCCGGGACCGGACGAGAUAACCGCCAUUGUCAACCACAGCUUGCGCGAACUCAGAGACUCAUUAGCAUCCAUCAUGAGUGACAAUCGUCGUCACACAUCUGUCCUGUCCGAAUUGCACCAAGCCGUGGAUGGCCAUGAGAUCUACUCUAUCGUCAUAAAAGCUCUGGAGGACUUGGAGCUUGAUAAACUGCGUGAUGAGCCACGAGAUACCACCAUGCAAAAGGAGGACAUUCUGGAGACGGUACGGGAGGCUUGGGAAAACUACAAGCCUGAAAUCGAACUCCAGAACUUUGGACUGGAACGAGAUGAAAUCCUGGAAUGUCUGAAGGAGGGUUUGCAAGCAUACCAGCCACAGCAUGAGCAGGCGGUGACGUACGAUCAGGUGCUCGCUGCUGUCCAAGCCGGCGUGCAAAGCUUUGAGCAGCCCCCAAGUAUCACCAGAGAGGAGAUCAUCCAGACUAUCCGCCAAUGCUUCGAGGAAUCCCAGGAAUCUGCCCCCCGGGCGCCGGACCAUGAACACUUUGACGCUAUGCGCGACGAGAUACUACAUGCCGUUACCGAGUCCGUCACAUCGCAGAGCGCUCUUACGCGGUCAACUCUUGACUCGGGAUUAGGCCGCGAUGAGAUCUUGAGCGCUGUGUCGGACGGGCUCGAGGCGCACUUUACCGCAGCCAAAGAGAUGGACAGGCCUAAUGUCUCUAGGGAAGACAUUACUGAUGCAAUUAAUGAAGCAUUUGUCGCCCAGAACUCCGCUGUCAGUACGAAUGUGCAACCCACCAUCUCCCGCGAAGAUAUCAUCAGUGCAAUCGCGGAGGGAUUGGAAAACCAGAACGGCAGGGAGAUUGAACUUAACAAAGACGAUCUCAUGGAGGCAAUCGCAGAGGGUCUCCAUGAGGCAACCACUAAUGCUAACCAAGGUAUUGGUGAGCAAAUGCUUGAACGCCUUCACGAGCACCUCGACGGCUUGAGGGAGGACAUGUUACAGCGCUCAGGAACCAACGAGAUGGACACGGAGAAGGUCCUCCAUGCUAUCAGGGAUGGAAUCGACGUUGUGCGACACGAGAUCGAAGGCUACGCCACGACAGCGACGGAAGCGGCAGGCAAACAUGAGAUCAUGGAUACGGUGAAGGAAGGUUUCCGUCUACUGCAGGCUGAUAUGGAAAAGACCAUCACCGACACUGCUUUAUCCACUGGAUCUAACGGUAAUCCGGAUACCCCGGAGCUUUUGGAUGCCAUGGAGAAGGAAUUCGAGCACCUUCGACAAACCCUCAGUGCGCUCCUUAUCCGCAACAAUGCGCCCAAUGAUAAAGAUGAGAUCCUCGACGCCAUUCGGGACAUGUCCGAGCACCACAAGCCGGCACCGGACAGCGAUCUCCCUCAGUUGAUCAAGCGCGAAUUUGAUAAUCUGCACGACACGAUAAGCAUGACUCUCGUCCGCUCAGAGCCGACUGGUGAUAAGGACAGCAGUGAUAGGGACGAGAUCAUUGCAGCCCUUCGCGAAAGUUUGGAGAAUUUCAGAGAAGAGAACAGCCAACCAAGGGACGGCGGUGACACUACCUUCUCCUCUGGUGAGAUCCUCGAGGUGUUGAAUGACGGCAUGGGCUCCCUCCGUGUGGACCUGGCAAAGAUUCUAGAACGACCGGAAGCAAUUGAUCAUUCUGAUCUUCUAAACUCCUUGAAAGAGGGUCUUGUCGGACUGAAGGCGGAUGUGGAAACGUUGCGAGAGUCUGCCGCCCAGGGGGAUACUGAAACCUCACGCGGAGGAGAAUUGAUGCUUGCAAACGACGAACCCAGUUCCGCCAGCGACAUCAGCGGCGAUAUCGAAGGACUGAAGUCUUUGAUUUCUCAACUUCAAGUCAAGGUGGAAGCUAUUGAGUCCACUCCACGUGUGCCAGAGCCCUCGGGGGAUGCUCUGAAAAGGGAACAUCUAGAUGAGGUCCUGGCCGGCUUACAUGAGCUUCAAGGCUCUAUCGCUGGUAUCGUAGCUCGCGACAGUCCAGCGGACGAGACCACCGCCAAGAAGGAAGAUACCGACGCCAUUGAGACCCUUCUCCGGAACACCAAGUGUCAACUCGAUGAAAUGACCUUCCCGGCUCCCGACGAGAUUGCGCGAGCGGAGCAACUGGGAAGUCUCGAGGCCGUUGUCAAAGAAACCAAGGAAGCUCUUUCUGAGCUGAGCACCCGCUUGGAAGUGGAGGGCCCAACGAAAUCGGAGAUUGGCACUCUGGAAACACUCAUGAAAGAAAUGUGGGUGGCUCUGGAUGAGCUAAAGAGCAAGGGGACACAGGAGGAAGAGGACGCCGAGAAGCUGGUCAAGACGGACUUGCAAACGGUGGAGGCCAUGAUAUUUGAGGUCAAGACCCAAAUGGAUGAGCUGAAGAUCCCUGACCCCGAAACUCUGCCGACGAAGACCGAACUUCAAAAUCUGACUGACCUCGUGGCCGAGUUCCGAAGUAAGACGGAAUCCGACAGUGAAAUGACCGGUCAAGCAUUCGACGCUCGAAAGGUUGAGCAUGCUGGCCUUGCGGAGAAGAUCGACGAGGCCCGGGCCGUCGUCGAGGGGCUAGGGAACGAGCUAAGGGGUAAGCUGGAUGGAAGCAGCGAAGGCCUUUGCGAGCUGAAGCAACUUCUCGAAGGCCUUGCCGUCUCGGCGGAAGGAUUUUCGACAGUUGAUUCGAUCAAUGAACUCACUGAACUUAUCAACCGGGAGUUCGAGCGUGCCCGCGGGGAACAGGAUGCUAGCAAACUGCAGAAUGAGGAGCGCGAUGCGGCUUCCAUGGUCAAGCACGACGAGACUAGAGCAGCGAUCAUCGUCGAACUCGGAGAAAAGAUCGACGAAAAGCUUGGUGAACUGAUGGAGAAGUACCACGGAGUCCAGACUUCGUUGGAAUCCAAAUUUACCGAAACUGCGGAACGCGACAACGCCAGUCUCGAGGCAGUCACCAGCACCAAGUCCCUCGCGGAAGAUAUCAAGCUUGUCAUUGGCUCUAUGGGUAAUAGUGUCAAUGAGACCUGCGAGCGCAUGAGCGUAGAUGCAAAGACGUUCUUCGAAAAGGUCGACACCUCCUAUACCAAGAUGGAGGAAAUGCACAACGAGGUCAAAUCCCACCAGGAGCAGUCUCGAUCUGACCUCCAGCGCGCUGCUAAUGCCACAGAUCGUCUGGAGAGCAAGCUGCAUGAGUUCCAUCCUCAGGUGCUAGAGUCCAUCCAGGAGAUUCUUUCUAUCGUCAACCAGCACUACGAUCAUUCCCAGCAAUCUGCCAAGGACAUUAAGAUGGAUCUUUCGACUAUCCCUGCGUCGAUUCCACAAAUGCUUCCUGCCUUGCCUCCGCCUGAGCCGGAGAAGUACGACGAUACUCAUGUUCGGGAGAAGCUUGAUAGCAUUUUGGAGCACGCCAAGAAUGAAAAGGUGCAUGAAGCAUUGAAUGUCCUGGUGGAGCGAGUGACGAGUGAUCAGGUGCACGAGAAGCUCGAUCAGCUCCUGAGCCACACUACAAGCACGAAUGGCCAGAUGUACGAAAAACUGAGCGAGCUGCUUGAUCAUGCUACGAGCGAUAGUGGCCCUGUGCACGACAAACUGGACACCCUUAUUGGUCAUGCAACGAACACCGAGCCACAAGUGACGCAGAUGAUGAAGCUGGACGAGAUGCACAAGGACAUCAUGGAAACCCACCGCAAGAUGAACGAGAUGUUUACGGCCCAGUCAGCCAUUGUUGCUGAAGACAACGAUCGCAAGCGUCGGGAGGCGGAGGAGGCAGCGGUGGCGCUGGAGAGGAGAAACGCGCAGCGCGAGCAGGUGGAGGCUGAACUGGUCACUCUCAAGGAAGAAAAGGAUUCCUUGCUGAGCAUGAUCGGCAAUCUAAAGUCAGAAAAGGAGACCCUUGCCAAGCAGAACGCGAAGCUGAACAAGGAGUUGUCUGGCUUGGAGAUGGCGCUUGACCUGCGGCAUGAGGAGAUGCAGGUUAUGGAGGAGCGUGCGGAUAGCUUGGAGAAGCGGAUUCUGGAAGGAGUGCUGGACCACGCCCGCAGCGUUCUUCUCAGUCGCCCCAACGGUGGACAGGGCAUCGGUAUGAAGAAAGCACGCGGACUCCGCGCUCGCGGGCCAAGCAACUCCAGUACCGCCACCGCAACCCCCAAGGAUGUUCACAACUUGCUGGGGAGCAGUGUCGGACUGGCGCUGAAGAAGCGAGUGUCAGGGGCGUCGUCGCCGGCCCCUGCUGCUCUGCCCAACGCCAGCAAGGAAAGAAGAAUCCUCAGUCUCGGCCAUGUCACAGCUAACCGCGGCGUUGGGGAGAGACGCACGAGCGCCACCAGUGGACUGACGAAUCUGAAACGGAGCCACUCGGUCAAAUCCAAUCUCUCCUACCGGAAGUCUUCUUGGGGAGGGCGGAGCUCCGUAGCCAACAAGGAGAACGAGGCAUUCCCGGAGGAAGACGAGAACCGGAGUGGUGACGAGAGCGAUGCGGGCACUGAGCGGAGGACUAGCUACACGGGGACAUACACCGACAGCAUGAUCUACGGAACCGGUAGUGCUGUGUCGGCCGGACGAACGGUUAGCGCUGCGAGCAAUACCACCGCCAGUACCCGUUUAGUUGGUCCACAAUCUGUCGCAGAUGACUACAGCGAGCUCGCAAGUCAGCACGGGGAGGAGCACGAGCAAGACGAGAACGACGCAUCGGAUAUCGAAGACGCCCUGACGACCAAGAAAGACAAUCCCCCCGACGUCCAGGAGCAACAGCCACACACCUUAGACGAAGAAACCUCCAAAAUGGUCCUCUACGGACAGUACAGCGACAGCGGACUGGGUGCAGAGAUCUCUACCGGUGUGGACUGAGCGUGUUUUGUUUGAACGGCUUCGCGUCUUGCCUCCUUGUGAUAACUAUACCACUGACGAAUGAUUGGUCGACUGUUUUGCUUAUGAUUGCUACUGUUGAUAUGACUUGAUUAUGUUUUAUUUUUCUUUUGUGUUUUCUUUUGUGAUUAGCAUAGUUAGCUUAGAUAUGUGCAGCGUUUGACGAGGAUACGUACUCUCAUG